UCUCUUUUCAUUAUUCCUCUGUCUGUGGUCGCUUGGUGGCAGCAUCUGCUCUCAUUAUUUACUUUUCAUCUUGGAUUUUCCACUUGAACUUUGAGCAGCAGAAACGCUCACAUGAUGCAGGAGAGGAAGAGACAGAGAGAAGGCAGCAUGAUUUCCUCACUUUUUUAUCAGGGCAGAUUCAUCACAGCGGAGCAGCAGUGAGCGCGUCAGAGAUAAAACACUGUGAGCGCUCAGGCUUCGGUCCCGGUGCAUGUGGGGGGAAUGCAACCCUACACCUCUGUGCUCCUGGUCUGCGGUGCGGCUCCACCCUGCGGUUGCUGGCUGCUCCAGGGAAGGGGAGGGCAGUGAUUGUGCGAGGGGGCGGAGAGCUUUUACACUGAAACUGAGGGCCCUGACUGUUCACAUCCUCUAGGUGUGGCCUCCCGGCUCCUCAGAGUGAUCCAGGAACUGCCGGCUGACAGAAGCGGCUCAGCCAGUUCGUCUCAGACCACAGAGAGACGCUGAAGACAUGGCAGACACAGAGGAAGCAGCUCCCGUCAGACAGCUGUGCGGCGGCUGCUCAGGUGCUCUGAGCCAAGACAGACCAGCAGCCUGUGGCCCCUGUCUGGGGGACAAAACCAAAGGAUAUCCCAAGUGUCCUGAUCCUGCUCCCAAACAGAACGGAGAGGCUGAGUCUGUCAUCAGGAGCAAAGAGGAGCAGAGUCCGGACCCAAAGGCGGCAGAGGAGAUCAAGAUCCAAGAGGACCUGAAGGAGUCCGAGGUCCCCAAGAAGCCCGAGGAGGAGGAGGCAGACGGAGAGGUCAAAGCAGAGGAGGUGAAGGAGGAACCUCUCGGGCCCGACGAUGUGGUGUGCGACUCGUGCAUCGAGAGCCCCUGCAGGGCCCUCAAGUCCUGCCUCACCUGCAUGGUGUCGUACUGCGAGCCACACCUGCGGCCUCACCUGGAGAACCCAAAGUUCCACAACCACCGGCUGGUGGAGCCGCUCCGGGACAUCGAGAGGCGGACCUGCGAGAGCCACAAUUGGCCCCUGGAGCUGUUCUGCUGCGCUGACGCCUGCUGCGUCUGUCAGGACUGUGUGGCGGAGGAGCACAGGGGCCACAACACGGUGCCGGUGACGGAGGCUCGCAGUCAGAUAGAGAGCGAGCUGAGGGAGAAGCAGACGGAGAUGGUGAAGACGGUGACGGCGGCAGAGAACGCCAUCAACAAACUCCAGGUCAACACCGUCUCCAUUGAGCACUCUGUGACUGAGGUACGAGCUGUGAUCGAGAGCCAGUUCGACAAGCUGCAGGCGGUGGUGGAGAGGGCGAGGCGGGAGGUGACGGAGAUCCUGGAGGGCGAGGAGAAGCAGGCGCUGAAGCAGGCCGAGGGCAUCCGGGUUCACCUGGAGCAGAGGUGCACGGAGCUGAAGAAGACGCAGGGGCAGAUCGAGAAGCUCUCCAAGAACAAAAAUGAUGUGGAUUUUUUACAGGAGUACUCGGAGUGGAAGAAAGAAGCCGCCGAUGUCUCUCUGCCGGGGAUCUACAUCGGCCUCACGGACCGUCUGAAUUCCUUCAGCCGUGUGAUCGUGGACUCCACGCAGGAGCUGUGCGCCAUGCUCGUGUCCUCCUACAUAGAGAAAGUUAAAGAGACGUGCAAAAAUGACAAAAUGGGAAUAAAAACCACAGUUCAUGAAAUUGUUGCAGCAAAACACAACAUGUCAAUACCGGAUCCAAAGACGCACGCCGACUUCCUCAAGUACGCCGCCCAGGUGAGUUUCGACGCUGACACCGCUCACAAGUUUCUGCGUCUGACGGAGGAAAACAGGAAGGUGACGAACACCACGCCCUGGCAGCAUCCUUACCCCGACGUACCUGAGAGGUUUGAGAACUGGCGCCAGGUGCUCGCCACAGAGAGCUUCUAUCUGGGGCGCCACUACUUCGAGGCUGACAUCAGCGGCGAGGGCACGCACGUCGGUCUGACCUACAAGAGCAUCGACCGCAAGGGCAGCGAGAGCAACAGCUGCAUCACGGGGAACAACUUCUCCUGGUGUCUCCAGUGGAACGGACGCACCUUCUCCGCCUGGCACAGCGACGUGGAGACGCCGCUGAACGUGGAGAAGUUCACUCGGAUCGGGGUGUACGUGGACUACUCGAGAGGCCUGCUGGCGUUCUACGGGGUCGACGAAACCAUGACACUCAUCCACCAGUACCAGGCAGAGUUCCUGGAGCCCAUUUACCCGGCUUUCUGGUUGUCCAAGAAGGAGAACGUCGUUGCCUUGGUGACACCCGGGGAGCCUUUACGGCUCAAAAGCCCCUCGCCUCCGACCUCGCCUCAAAACGGAGCUGUCGUUUCAAAAACGGCAGCAAAACAAUGAUUAGAGUUUCUACUGGAUCAGUUUAGGGACAAUUUAACAAUAUUCAACUACUGUUUUUUAAAAAUGUUUGUCUCCAAACAAAAGACUUUUUAUCUGAAAGUUAAACUGGAUGGUUCCGAUUUUUGGAAGAGGGGUUUUACGAAGCGUCUGUCCACAGUCAGACUAUUACAGACAGUCGAUGGCAAACCCCCAGUGUGGAGAAGCAGUGUCUAAACCUGAAGCAGAGCAAUGUACUGCUACCUAAAACAAGUCCCACCUAAAAAAAAAAAACAGAAAAUAAAAAAUGUCAGUGUAAGUGUACUCUAUAUUAAAAUAUUUUUACAGCUGUAUUUUGUAGUCAGACAGUGAUUUCUGAUGAGAAUAUUAAGCCGUUAUGUUGCUCUCUUCAAAGCCAGACUCCAUUAAGAAAAUGAGUGAUUUAACAUCUCUGAACACAGGAGCUGCUGAUCUAC